CCGACUCUGUUUUUUUUAAAGGAUACCUUUCUGUUGGCGGCUGACUAUCCGCAGGACAUUCGUGGCUUUAGAUGAUGUUGCGGCCACUCGCCGGCCGUCGCCGUCGUCGUCAUUCACCCGUUUCCCAAUAAGUGAUAAAAUAAAACUCUCGGUUAGAUGUCGUAUGUGGUUUCUUACCGGCCACGUUGCCGUGAUUGGCUCGGUUUUGGUUGAUUAUAAAAGUCCACCGAAGGGCAACCGGUGUUCUCAUUCCGGUCCGGUCCCGGCCACGGAUCACAAGUCAUACAGUCUGGUGAACUCGCCAAGUGUUCUUUCAAUUGACGGUUGAUAUGAGUGUGCUAGCAGCAGUUGUGGUGGAAAAGUGUCCCUCGGCUAAUUGGAACUGAUUGGAAUUUCAAAUCGGUGCUGCUUCCGGGAGAUCGGAGAUGUGGCUUCCGGUGUCGACGACGGUGGCGGCGGCACUUUGGGUCCUAAUGGAUACGGCGUUCGAUGUCGGAGGGGCUAGUUCCAGUGCCGAGGAUGCCGCCCUCGAAGUGACAUUCAGCGAACGGACCCGUGCCGAUUGGGAAAAGGUUUGGCACCAGGAGAGUCACUCGCGCUGCCGGGACAAACUAAUCCGGCACCUUUACUGGGCUUGCGAGAAGGAUAUCUAUCGGAUUUCAAGGAGAAACGAUGAUUACGGCGGUGGAAAUGGUGCAGUGGGGAAGCGUGCUAAUGCGCUACCCUUCCUGGCGCGUUGGACUAUUAGCAAAGAGCAAGCGCAAAGCUUUCUGCGCACUCGGCGUACCGGGAAGCGUCGCUCCGGCGGCUCGAUAACGGCCGAGUGCUGCACGCGGGUUGGCUGCACCUGGGAGGAGUACGCCGAGUACUGUCCCUCGAACAAACGGAUCAAUCGCUAUCGGAAGUAGACGCGGUGAUGUGGGAGAUAAGCGUGAAGGUGAACAAAGGACUGGGGGCCUCGCAUUUUUAGCAUAGAUCAAGAGAUGAAUUGCGGAUUUCGGAUGGAGUCGUUGAAGGUGUGUUGGUUGUUGGUGGCGCGCAGAUUAUAAAUAUAUUUAUUUACUUACUACUACACUUUGGGAAUGUCAAA